UGGCAUAAAGCACAUGGAGCCAAGAAACAAUACACACGUUUUAGAAUUUGUUCUAUUGGGAUUUUCACAGGACCCAGACCUGCAGCCUAUUAUAUACGGCAUUUUCCUCUCCAUGUACCUGAUCACUGUAGCUGGAAACAUGCUCAUUAUUCUGGCCAUCAUCUCAGAUGCCAACCUGCACACGCCCAUGUAUUUCUUUCUCUCUAACCUGUCAUUUGUGGAUAUUUGUUUUACCUCCACUACUGUCCCAAAGAUGCUGGUGAAUAUUCAGACAAAGAGAAAAACCAUUCAGUAUGCAGAGUGCAUCACCCAGAUGUACUUUUUUCUGAUUUUUGUGGAGCUGGACAACUUCCUCCUGGCUGUGAUGGCCUAUGACCGCUAUGUGGCCAUCUGUCAUCCCCUACACUACACUAGCAUCAUGAGUCGCAGACUCUGUGGAUUUCUGGUUCUGGUAUCUUGGAUUGUGAGUCUCCUGCAUGCCUUGUUACAAAGUGUGAUGGUGUUGCAGCUGUCCUUCUGCACAGACUUGGAAAUCCCACACUUCUUCUGUGAGUUGAAUCAGGUGGCCCAGCUCACCUGUUCUGACACCUUUCUUAAUGAUGUGGUUAUGUAUUUCGCACUAGUGCUUUUGGCUACUGUUCCUCUAUCUGGCAUUCUUUACUCUUACUCCAGGAUAGUGUCCUCCAUACGUGCAAUCUCCACGGCUCAGGGGAAGUACAAAGCAUUCUCCACCUGUGCAUCCCAUCUCUCCGUUGUCUCCUUAUUUUACUGCACAGGCCUAGGAGUGUACCUCAGUUCUGCUGCAAGCCACAGCUCACAAGCAAGUGCAACAGCCUCCGUGAUGUACACAGUUGUCACCCCCAUGCUGAACCCCUUUAUCUAUAGUCUGAGGAAUAAAGAUGUAAAAAGAGCCCUGAAGAGGCUUUUAGUUGGGAAACUGUGA